AUGAUGCACCCUUCGAGGAGAGCGUACGUGGAGGAUCAGAUGGAUGAGGACAGGGGGAUGACGAUUGAUGAAGUCCCAAAUGAUUACAACUACGACCUCGCAACUGGCGAGAAUGCCUCAGCACUGCUGUCCCAGUUCGAGCGCAAGCGGCUCGCGGCGCGCAUCGCCGUCCCGACCAACGAUGAUGCCAUCAAGGCCAUGCUACGCGAGAGAGGCGUACCGAUUACGCUCUUCGGCGAGAAUAACCCUGCGGAUCGCCGUGAGCGGCUGAGAGACAUCUUGACGACCGAGACCGAGCAGGCCAGAUCUAAAGGCCAGGAAAGCGCCGAUGUGGAUAUGGAAGAUGUCCCAGAGGACGAAGAAGAUGACGAGGAGCAAGAUGAGGAAUACUACACGCGGGGCGACGACGAACUACUGCAGGCUAGGGUCGAGGUCGCCAAGUACUCACUCCCAAGGGCGAAGAGGCGCGUGCAGUUCCAACGGGAGGAGGCCAAGAUACCACUGCGGACGCACGUCAAACAUCGGAAGCAGAUCAAGGAGAGGCUGCAGGACUUUGAGCUCCAGAGUUCGCAGGUUGGGGGACAGAGGUAUCUAAGCGUGGUCAGGCUCGCGCCCGAGGGGCAGCUCUGCGCCACUGGAGACUGGGGCGGCAGUCUCAAGGUCCUCUCGGCGCCCGAGCUCGAGGUCAAGAAAACCCUGAGAGGCCACACUGCCAAGAUAGGCGGCGUGGACUGGUUUCCUGGCCCGGUGGCCCAAGGAACCGACACUGUUCACCUGGCAUCCUCGUCAGCUGACGGAGCUGUCCACCUGUGGUCGCUCGAGCGAGAUAUACCUCUCGCAUCGCUCGCAGAGACUGGCGGAACCAAAGUCAACAAGAUUGGAUUCCACCCAUCCGGCCGGUUUCUGGCUACUGCUUGCGACGAUACGACGUGGAGACUCUAUGAUGUCGCCGCUGGCAAGGAGAUAGUAUGCCAGGAAGGGCAUUCGAGGGCAGCUCUGGCUGUCAGCUUCCAGUCCGAGGGUGCCCUGGUGGCCACGGCGGGUAUGGACAGUAUUGGCAGGGUGUGGGAUCUCAGGAGCGGGCGCACCAUUAUGCUGUGCGAAGGUCACAUCCAGCCUAUCACUUCCCUGGGCUGGAUAGACGGCCACAGGAUACUUUCGGGGUCUUUGGAUGGAUUUGUCAGAGUAUGGGAUGUCCGCAAGGUGCAGUCGGGCGGGAAUUUGGCCGGAAACACCUCUGGCGUGACGGAUCUGCGUGUCUUCCGCGGCCUUGACGAUCCUGUGGAGGGCGAGCCCCCUGGCCAAGAUGACAAGGGUGCGCAAUUGCCGAAGAAAUCGGCUACAUUCUUCGCAUCGUGUGGAUUUGACCGAAAGGUCAACGUGUACUCGAUGGACGACUACUCCCUCAUCAGCUCGCUCGAAUCCCAUACGGCGCCUGUCAGCUCUGUCGACAUCUCGAGGGACGGCAGAUGGAUUGUGUCUGGAAGCCAUGACAGGACUAUAAAACUCUGGGCACGGAAUGAGAUGGAGGCCCUAUAA